AUGGUUCUGGGUCCGGCUAAGAGGAAGCUUUGCUUCUACUUUCUUGUGGUUCUUCUUGCCUCUCUCAUCGGGCAGUCAAGAGCUUCCUUGGGUGACCAUCUGCCAGACUUCAAGGAAUGUGUAAAGAUCUGCAAGGCGGAAAACUGCCAGAAUGGCAAUUCUGUCAUUCCACUCCACCUACGCCUCUUGCUAUGGACAUGUCCAGCGGAAUGCGAUUAUACCUGUCAACAUGUUGUGACGGACCGCCGAGUCGCCCGUGAUCCUCCGAUGCUGACUCCCGUGGUUCAAUUUCAUGGAAAGUGGCCUUUUCACAGAAUCCUCGGGAUGCAGGAACCGUUCUCCGUCUUUUUCUCCUUGCUCAAUCUCCUCGCUCAUUGGCAUGGCAUCUCUCGGAUAAAAGAGACAGUGCCAUCUUGGCACUCUCUGCGGCCCUACUAUCUCAUAUUCGGAUACUGCGGUUUGGCAUGCUGGACGUUCAGCGCAUUGUUCCACACACGAGAUUUCCCCUUGACGGAGAAACUGGACUACUUCGGCGCGGGUGCAAAUGUGAUGUACGGGUUCUAUCUGGCUACCAUCAGGAUCUUGCGUCUUGAUCAAGCGAAACCCCAGCACAAGCCGACCUUGCGCCGUUUGACAACGACCGUCUGUGUCCUGCUGUAUACCAUGCACGUGUGCUAUCUCAGUUUCUGGUCGUGGGACUAUACGUACAACAUGAUUGCCAACAUCGUGGUUGGCUUGACGCAAAACCUGCUGUGGACAUUAUUCAGCCUUGUUCGGUAUCGGGAACAUGGCAAGCUCUGGAUGGCUUGGCCCGCAAUGAUCGUCGUUUGGAUCAUGUUAGCCAUGAGUCUUGAGCUCCUGGACUUCCCACCCUGGCGUGGACUUAUUGAUGCUCAUAGUCUGUGGCAUUUGGGGACGGUCAUCCCGGCCGCAUGGUGGUACAGGUACUUAAUCAAAGAUAUCCAGAAUGACAUUGCCAGCCACCGCUUGAAAGCAUGA